AACCGCGUAGCACUUCGGUCGGAAAAAAAUAAAGCGAAUAAUGGAGAAGAAUUUCCCGUACGACCAGCUGCAAAAUCAUGCUCCCCAGGCACCGCCCUCUUAUGACAACACCCAGGUCUAUCCUAAUUUGCAUCAGCCCCAGCCGAUUUUGACUCAACCUCAGAUAAUGCAGGCACCCCCCAAUGUGUUGGGUGGUGUACCAUCCAUGGCCACGUGUCCGAGUUGCGGAGUCCGUAGGGAAACGAAGGUCGAGUUCGAGCCAAGUACCAAAACCCAUUUGCUGGCCCUCCUUAUCUGCUUGGUGGGGGGCAUUUGCUGCUGCUGCAUUCCCUACUGCACCGACUCCUGCCAGUCGGCCAAACACACCUGCAGUAGCUGUGGAGCCUAUGUGGGCACAUACAAGAACUAGAAGCCCACCCGAAAACCAAAUGUUACAAAGAUAAAUCUCAAAAGAGCAAAUAUAAUUUGUUCAAGUAUAUAAAUAUUGACGUCAUGCAAAAAACCCUGUAUUCUCAAUAAAAUUCCACCAUUGAUCUUCGAAA